ACCGACGACGAGCGGCCGAGGCUGGCUGCGGCUGUGCCUCUCCGAGCCAUCGGAGCAGCUCUUGGUCUGGGGCUCAUUCUUGGGGCUGCUGCCACUGCUUUGGCAUCGCGAUCUCAUGGGAUCGACGGGAGCAGCUUGGAGUUCGUUGGCCUCGCAGACGACACCUUUGAAAUACCGCAUCUCACAUUGCCGCCUAGUCCCGUUGACGAGGCCAAAGAUAAGGCUGCAGAGUUCAGGGAUAAAUGGGGCAUCAACAACAUCCGGCAUGAUCAGAUCACACUCUGCGUCACCAACCUGAACCUUGGGCUCUGGAAGCUCAUUCAAUGGGCCGCUGUCAUGGGUGAAACGGUGGAGAACUGCCCGGGAGGGUUCACGAACAUUGACAAGAAGAUCGCUUGCAACAUCAACAUCGCGGCCCUGGUAGCCUCGAUGUCAGCAGCAAUAUCUUUCUUCGCGAGCACCGCUUUCCUUUGCACCGGUAAGGAUAACCCAGAGCCGUUGGAACUCCUCUUCUGCAGCUGGCAGAUUGCACAGACUGUUUGGUUCUUUGUGCGCGCUGGCCCUCUGAUUGAAAUCGCGACAAAAGUCUGCCCAGCACCUCCAGGUGGUCAAGCUGCCUGUUCCGAGGUAGUCAACGAAGUCAUGCUGAUGUUCUUCAAUGCUGCCAAGUUCAUUGCAGCUGCAUCAACCAACUGCAUCGAUGGAAUUGACGUGCGUGCUGGUUGUGCUCUGGGCAGCCUCAACUUGAUCUCUGGCAUAGCAUAG